AUGUCUGAAGAUUUGAAGAAGUCAGCCUAUAUUUUUGCUGGUCUUGGUAUGAUGCUUAAUAUUCGUCUGGCAUAUAGUUCAGCACCAUAUGCACUUAUUAGAUUUAGGUUACCAGAGAAUCUAUUCAGUGUAUUUGUUAGGAGGAUGGCAAGUGCACUUGAGCUUUGGUGUCUUCCAGGUUUCGUCAUUGUUAACUUAAUGGACCAGCUCCGAAUACAUGCUUAUAGUGGUAAAACUGAAAAAGAUUGGGGUUAUAAUUGGCAAUCUAUAAUUGUUCAGUGGUUGAAUUGCUUAACAUUUGUAAUUCUACUCUAUGCAUAUCGUGGCGGUGGUGAUACUGGUCAUCUAACUGGUUAUUACUUUGUCAUUGCAGUUUCUGGAUUUGUGUUCGGUUUAAGUAAUCCAUUGGUUUACGCUGUGGACUGGCAGUAUAUACCUGUCUAUAUGGCUGGUGAAAACUCGUUUCCCAUGGUCACGUCACUAAUACACUACAUCACUACACUCAUUUUUGGUAAUCGAAGGAAGUGGAAUUCUGACUUCCUAAUAGUAAUGAUUGACAUAUCGGUAGCAAUAAUAAUCUCCUUCGUAGGAGCUAUUCUAUGGACAGUCGCAUUCUACGACUAUACGCCACCACCGGGCGGUACUGUAAAUCCUUACUGGCAAAUAGUUUCACCCAUUGCAAUGGUGAUUGUUGGUAUGGGUCUCGUAUAUGCUAUUUAUCCUGGUAUUGCACCUGGAAUGAUUGUACCAUUCUAUCUCAUUGACAAGAUUGAAAUGGUUCUUCUGAUAGCAACAGCUGUUCCACCUGUAAUUGUUGCCAUCCUCAGGGAGCAUGCAAAGCCUUGGUCUCCUCAACAUUACGUAUGGCAUGGACAAAAUAAUUCUAAGAAUGGUUUCUAUGGCUGGACCACGUACGAAGGUCUAGGACCCACACACGGAGCAGGACAAACUUGCUCUGAUCACGUUGAUGUUUACGGUUGGAUCUGGCACUUCUUUGAUAUCUUGAUUCCUCUCAAGAUCGCACUCGCUAUCAUCUUUAUAUAUUCUCUUCAUUAUAGAGAUUCCAAAAUAUCUAGAUCUAUUGUUAACCAACCCAAAAUGUCUACUGCAUUAUCUAUUGUAUUUUAUAUGUGUCAUGAAAUAUUACUUGCAUUGGGAUUUCCAGGUAUCAUUGGUAAUAAUGGAGCCACAUAUGUUGUUCUUCCAGCACAGUAUGUUGGUGCAUUUCUUAUGGUCUUCUUAGCCUUUUAUUCAGAGGGUUACAUUAUAGAGUAUAAGAGUCAUGAUCCUGAUCAUUGGCCCACGGAUGGAAUGUGGUAUAUAUAUGGAUACUAA